UAGGACAUGGAUUGCCGCUCUAUAACCAGCUUGGCAAAACGGGGAAACUGAGCGUCGCUGACUAAAUGAGAUAAAAGCGCGUGUUUUACGGUGGUUUCUGUUUGUCCAACAGGCAUAUCGGGUAGUGCCACAAUAUCAGCGCAGAAGGACGAGGCCAGUGAUCACUGCAAAGCUAUAGCCUACCACGAAAUGGUCACGUCUAUUCUGGGGUUUCUUAUUCUACCAAUAUGUCUUCAACAGUGUGGUUAUGUUCAGGGAACCAGGACAGAAUGUGAGCCGUCGCAGUACCAGUGUGGAAAUGGGCGCUGCAUUCCUUCCGUGUGGCAGUGUGACGGGGAUGAGGACUGCUCGGACGGCAGCGACGAGACCACCUGCGUGAAGAAGACCUGCGCAGAGGCGGACUUCGUCUGCAACAACGGCCAAUGCGUCCCGAAGAGGUGGCACUGCGAUGGGGAGCCCGACUGCGAGGACGGGUCGGACGAGAGCCUGGACGUCUGCCACACACGGACUUGUCGAGUCAAUGAAUUUAGUUGCGGUGCCGGGACGACCCAAUGCAUCCCGGUCUUCUGGAAAUGUGAUCGAGAGCGGGACUGUGAUAAUGGUGAAGAUGAGGUGAACUGCGGUAACAUCACCUGCGCCCCGCUGGAGUUCACCUGCGCCAGCGGGCGCUGCAUCUCGCGCAACUUCGCGUGCAACGGCGAGGACGACUGCGGCGACGGGAGCGACGAGCUGGACUGCACGCCCUCGUCCUGCGGGCCCAGCGAGUUCCAGUGCGGCAACGCCACCUGCAUCCCCGCCAGCUGGGUGUGCGACGAGGACGUGGACUGCCAGGACCAAUCGGACGAGUCGCCCCAGCGCUGCGGCCAGCGCCCGCCGACCCCGCCCACCAAGUGCCCCUCCAGCGAGACGCAGUGCGGCUCCGGCGAGUGCAUCCACCGCAAGUGGCGCUGCGACGGCGACCCCGACUGCAAGGACGGCAGCGACGAGGCCAACUGCCCUGUACGGACCUGCCGGCCAGACCAAUUCAAGUGCGAUGACGGCAACUGUAUCCAUGGCAGCCGGCAGUGCAACGGGUUGCGUGACUGUGCGGAUGGUAGCGAUGAGAUGAACUGCAAAAACGUGACCCAGUGCAACGGCCCGGACAAGUUUAAGUGCCGGAGUGGGGAGUGCAUCGAAAUGAGCAAAGUGUGCAACAAGAACCGGGACUGUCCCGACUGGAGCGAUGAACCCCUCAGAGAGUGCAAUCUGAACGAGUGUCUGCUGAACAAUGGGGGCUGUUCCCACAUCUGUCGGGACAUGGUGAUUGGUUACGAGUGUGACUGCACCCCUGGGCUGCAGCUCAUAGAUCGCAAGACCUGCGGGGAUAUCAACGAGUGCCUGAACCCUGGGAUUUGUAGCCAGAUCUGCAUAAACUUGAAAGGGGGGUACAAGUGUGAGUGCCACAGCGGGUACCAGAUGGACCCCACUUCUGGCGUGUGUAAGGCAGUUGGCAAGGAGCCGUGUCUGAUCUUCACCAACCGGAGAGACAUCCGAAAACUGGGCCUGGAGAGGAUGGAGUACACCCAGAUUGUGGAGCAGCUGCGUAACACCGUCGCCCUCGACGCCGACUUCACCCAGCAGAGGAUCUUCUGGGCUGACCUGGGGCAGAAGGCCAUCUUCAGCACCGUGCUGGACAAGCGGGAUGAGGUGAACAGCCAUACCAAAGUGAUUGACAAUGUGCAGACCCCCGUGGGCAUCGCGGUGGACUGGAUCUACAAGAACAUCUACUGGUCUGACCUGGGCACCAAGUCCAUCACUGUGGCAGACUUCAGCGGCUCCAAGAGGAAGGUUCUGUUCAACAGCGGACUGAAAGAGCCGGCCUCCAUUGCAGUGGAUCCUCUUUCUGGGUUUCUGUACUGGUCUGAUUGGGGCGAGCCAGCCAAGAUCGAGAAGUCCGGGAUGAAUGGAGUGGACAGGCAGGUCCUGGUUGCGACUGAGAUUCAGUGGCCCAACGGGAUCACUUUGGAUCUUAUCAAGAGCAGGCUGUACUGGGUGGACUCCAAGCUGCACAUGCUCUGUAGCGUGGACCUUAAUGGUGACAACCGCCGGAAGGUUCUACAGUCUCAGGAUUAUCUGGCCCAUCCCUUUGCCCUCACAGUCUUUGAGGAUCGAGUGUUCUGGACUGAUGGGGAGAACGAGGCGAUCUACGGUGCAAACAAGUUCACUGGCACAGAUGUGAUCACGCUGGCCAGCAAUCUGAACGAACCCCAGGACAUCAUCGUCUACCACGAGCUGAUCCAGCUGUCAGGGACAAACUGGUGUAACGAGAAAGGAGAUAAUGGCGGCUGUGCCUACAUGUGCCUGCCGGCCCCCCAGAUCAACAAGCACUCCCCAAAGUACACCUGCGUCUGCCCCCAGGGGCAGGACCUGGCCACCGACGGUCAGCGCUGCAAACCCGCAGAGCCUUCAGCAGCCCCAAAGGAUGAUGGGAAAAUGAGAACACGCCCCCCUCCUCCUUCAGCCAUACCUUCAGAGCCCAAAAAGCAUGAUUGGAAGGUGCAGACACGCCCCACUCGGCCUCCAGUGGGAGCGUCCCAGCCCUCAGUGCAUGAUGGGAAGGUGCAGACAGACCCCACUCAGCCUCCAGCUUCACCUUCUUUGACCCCAACCAACUAUGAUUGGAAGGUGUACACAAGCCCUGCUCUGCCUCCAGCGCUACUCACUGCCCUCUUGACAGCUGCACCUUCCCCAGCUGUAAACUCUGACUGGAAGUUCCAGACACACCCCGCUCCGCCUCCAGCUGCCUCUGUGCCAACCAAAAACUACAACUGGAGGGUACAGACACACCCCACCCAGCCUCCAGCUUCACCUUCUCCACCACCGGCAAACUAUGAUAGGAAGGUACCGAAAUACACUGCUCCUCCUCCAGCGGCACCUCUGCCCACAAACAAUGUCUGGAAGGUGCAGACUCGCCCUGCUCCUCCUCCAGCUGCACCUCUGCCCACAAACAAUGUCUGGAAGGUGCAGACUCGCCCUGCUCCAUCUUCAGCCAUGCCUACGGAGCCCUCAAAGAAUGAUGGGAAGUUGCAGACACGGCCCGUUCGGCCUACAGCAUCAAAGAAACCAAAAGUGGUCCCCAGUCCAGUCACUGCUGAGGGGAACGUCAGCACCUCGAUCCAUGAGGUGAAUUCAUCUGCGAAAGGAUCUGCUGCUGCCUGGGCGAUUCUGCCAGUCUUGCUGCUGGCCAUGGCUGCUGCUGGCGGCUACCUCAUGUGGCGCAACUGGCAGCUGAAGAACAAGAAGAGCAUGAACUUUGACAACCCCGUGUACCUGAAGACCACUGAAGAAGACCUCAACAUCGACAUCAGCAGGCAUACCUCUACUGUCGGCCACACAUACCCAGCAAUAUCAGUUGUGAAUACAGAAGACGACUUGUCGUAACCCUACCCUUCUCAAUACGUCAUCUGUUAACUGUCUCUUUGGUACCCGUGCCAACAACUGCUAUUGCAGUAGCGCUAAGACCAGAUGCCUUCUGAAGUGCAUUAAGUUGAUCUGUUUUCUGGGGGAUGUGUGGUGUGCCAUUGUUUAUACAGAGUAUACAAUAAUGCAUCGCGUCCUUCGAAGCCUGCUUUAAGCAUACCCAAAGCCACACGGGGGGAGCGGGCAAGGUCAGGUUCUACCCCAUUUUUUCCCCCGCCCCUCAAAGUCCCCACAAGCUCAGCGUGUUCAUCGUGGAUAACGAAGACCCAUGCCUGGUCUUGCAGCAGUGCUAACUCAGUCAGUCCAUUUGUGAAUAUUUUAGACAGUCACAGCUUAAAGAUGUAUCAGUCUUUCUUUACCCCCCCCCCCCCCACCCCCCACCCCAAACAAGACCUCCUGAAGCACAUUCUUCUGAAGCUCUGGUGUGUGUAUGUGCUGGGGAACAUGACCUCUGUAUGGAAAGUGCUGUUACAUUUAUAAAACAAGAAAGCGGAAAACUGAAUUGUACAUAUCCCUCCAUAGAGAACAUAAUCAGGACUCUGAAGCACUUUGUUCAAAUGCUCUCCUGUAAAUAAGAUUGUAUACAUUUGACCGAAUCAAUUUUUUGCUAUGGUCGGGCAUAGUACCAGGGUAGAGGAAAAUGUAUUUAAAAACUGAAUAAUUUGUUAAAAUAUUUUGUAUGUUUGUGCCGUUCCUGUGACCUUUUAUAGCAUUGUACAGGGGGGACUACAGGCUCUGUACUGUGAAGAGUAAAACAUUUGCAAUCACUUCAAAUAAAAUAAGACUUUAAAAACUG